CAAUAAAACGCGGACCCGCGCGUGUUGGCGCGGUCGGCGUGAGAGUUGGAGGGCCCCAUUCUGUACCUCGUCCCUUGAACCCUUCAGCGGAGUCUGCGAGCGCUCUUGCGAAUCGCUGGAAGCCUCUGCGAGGGUUUGAGAGACUCUGAGAGAGGCUGCGAGGCACCACGCUCAGCGAACCGGGCACUCUCGCCCGUCCAGGGACCUGGCGCCCAUGUCCGGUGUGGAGAAAACCAUGACCAGCGAGGCCUCCCCGUGUCGGCUCGGCUCCUUCAUGUGCACGGUGGGGCGCGGCCUGGAGGCCCUGGCUGCCGCGGAGAUCGAUGCAGCGACUUGGGGCCACGCAGGUAGAAACUUCAGACUGGUAAAGUGUUUUUCAUGGCGAAGGGAGAUGAAAAAUUAUUGGAGCUGAAGUCUGUGGAGCGUCUCUUUGUGCUCGUAAAGAAAAUCCCAUCGGUCACUUUGCCACGGAACAAAGGCGCUGGGUUGAGGAUGAUCUCCAAGCGAGUGACGUCGGACCUCGCGUCGUGGGGCGACGCUGUGACGCUGUGGAAGGGCCUGCAGGCUGUGCAACGAGGCCCUCACGGUGAGCGCGUAUCCCACAGAAAGAGGCGUGCUCAAGGUGAAACGGCUUCUUGCUGCAAGAAGGAAAGGACAUCACCAAUGCUCGAUCCGCAAGUUGUACCGACAAGGAUGGAGCCUGUGCCCGAUCGUGUGGCUAAGGAGAUCGAUUUGGAGAACGCUGAGCGAGAGACAGACAGGUGUGACGCACGGAGGCCUGCGGAAAUAGGAGGUGAAUCUGCGUUUGAGGCGCAGCCUGGGACCUCUGAGAUGAUGCACCAUCGCAUCUGCGCGCCAACCGAUGUUGAAAGCUUCCGAGUGUCUUUCCGAUGUAGUGGGAACAACAGUCAACAUUACAACUCUCAGGACCUGGGUAAGGCAGUAGGGAAGGCACUGGCAAACGCCUAUGGGUGGAACACGGACCUACGCCAUCCACAGCUCGAAGUGUUCGUGCAUUUGAAUGAUUUGUAUUGCGUUGUGGCGUUUCCUGUUACACGGAUUCCGUUGUCAAAAAGAGGGUACUGCAUUCGCUCCGGUUUGCGUUCCACCGUGGCGUAUGCUAUGGCCAGCCUCGCGGGAAUCCAGCCACAUACAGUUGUCAUGGACCCCAUGUGUGGCAUGGGGACACUGCUAUUGGAGGCUGCUAUAGCAUGGAAGACCGUGCGCUGCCUUGGAACAGAUGUGGACGCACAGCAACUCGCGCAAGCCAAAGAGAACAUUCACUUUGCAGAACUGGAUCAUAGGGUUGGGUUGCUUCAAGCCUCUGUCACAGCCCUGCCGAUCCCCUGCAAUGCUAUUGAUGUCAUCAUCUGUGACAUUCCUUUUGGACAGAAGUAUAGCAGUGAUGAAGAGAUGAAGACUCUAAUGCCAAAAAUAUUACAAGAAAUGAUGAGGGUGCUACGAGUUGGUGGCAACAUCGUUCUUCUCGUCAGCUGCCAAAUGUCCUCUCGCGUACGCAGUCUGUCUCAAGAGCUGCACAAACUUUGCGACAAAAAUACUGAGUCCUCGGUUGAUUCAGCUGCUGCUCCCAAGACAAUGGUUUUUCAGGAUACAAGUGAUCCACAAGCAACAUCAAAUGAAGACGGACAGCGGUGUGUUCAAGCAAGAGCUGAAUCGUGCGUUGAGAGCGAAGAGGUGAUGUGCGACUCAAGGCUGACGUGUGAAGGCGUAUACCCUGUGAGUCUGGGAGAAACCGACGCCUGUAUCCACAGGUACAAGAAAACAGCAACUCCCACGUGAGGAUGUUGCCCAAGGGUUGUUCACCAAGGGGAGGACCUAAUGGUGAGUGUUGGAAAAAACUAUAGCAGUAGGCCUGGGAGGGAGGGUGGGUGCGAUUCGAGUAACAUGUUUUAAGCCAUGUUUGUUCUAAGCCAAGUGAGAGUUGAUUGAGACAAGUCGUUUUUCCAAGGGUCACACAAAGCAAUGGAGCAGUGACCACACACCCCUUGGGCUGCACCGCAACCUCUCAACGGCUGCGCCCACUGUACGAUCCUCCCCUACCCUCCCACCUCACACACGGUGGUGGCACAGAAGCCUCCUCGCACUUCUGUGUGUGAGAGGAGUGCUGCGCAGGAGAUGUGAAAGGGAUACCUUCACUCACAGCCAUCCAUGCCUUGGAAAGGAAGAAGCAGCCUCAGUCAUUCCAACCCAGACCACAGUGACACAUGGUGCAUCACACAGGCAGGGUGAGUGCUGUUAACGAGCACCUCUGAAAGCCAACAGAAGGCUAGCACCACUACGCCCGGCUACCUUUGUCUCCCCGCUGGUGAUGUGAAUGUACCGCAAGGUACCCAUUUACGGCCGAGUCAACCUAGGAGGCCAAAGUUCAGUUUAUAUAUUUGGCACUUCAUGUUGGCCGUGAACCCCUGGUUGGCGGGUUCGUAGUGUAUUGCGCUAACCACGACCCACUCAUGUGGGUACUGUGUAUGCUCACUUGCACACACAAUCCCACAUGUACACACAACACUUGCUUGCAAAUGAAACGCUUGACCUGACACUCAUCCCCUCACGAACCUUGGAAAUGCUGCUUUUCUUGUGUAUCUGCCGUAUACAGACCUAAUUAUUUAGUCAUUUGGCAUUGGCAGUGAAGUACAAGAAAAAUAACAAUAAUUCACUGCAUUCCUCAAUAAUACUUGUAGCCUUAAAAAGGAAGCUCUAGAAAUAUUUAAGUCAUAUUUCAGGCAAUCGCCUUCCUGCUGUUUGCUAUAAAGGGACCAUUGCCCGAAAUGAUGCCUGGUAUAUUUUUGGAGGAAUGUGACUCUUUAAAGACUCCGCUGUGCACCCAAUUCGCCGCCUCACUCUGUCCAGGCAGACAGGGCGGGGGGGCUCACUUCUGCCCAUCGUGAUGUUGGGGAAUUCAAGUCACCAUGGCUACAGUAUCCUAGCUGUCGUUGACAUUUCGCGGUGUUUUAACUUGCUACUCGGUGUGUGUAAUGUCAUGAUACAUACGCUGAUGUGACUUCCUAUUCUUCAAGCUCCUCUGUGGGUCAUUCUUGUAAAACAGCUGAUGGUUGAAUGUUUAACCCACGAUAACAAAUAAAAUCAAUCAAAUUGUUCGUCAUAAGCAUUCAUAUUCCCAGCUCACUGUGUGUAUCGUCACUUCGCACCUCUUGCCUUUGACAUUCCUCCUCAGCCACUGGUGUAACCAUCAACAAGGUCGAUGCACACUUGAUGAAUGUAAAAUUG